UCGGUGCACGUGACUCUCUUUAGCUCACAAGCAGAGGUUUAGUCUUGUGUGCAAUAUUUUGCGCUAAGAGUUAAGAGUUCAUUUAUUAGAAGAACAAGAGUCAGUAGAGAGACAUGUCAAAAGGUCAGUCACUAGGUGUCCCUGAUGAUCAGGACAAGUUGCUCGGUGAAGCUCUCAAGCAAGUCGAUAAAAGUUCGUUUGAAAUGAAGACUUGCCUUGAUAACGACAAGUUGAUGGAUGCACUUAAACAUGCUUCAUCAAUGCUCAGUGAACUGAGAACAUCACUGUUGUCACCAAAGAGCUAUUAUGAAUUAUAUAUGGCAAUAUCGGACCAGUUGCGGCAUCUAGAACAAUUCCUAUUCGACGAGUUUGAGAAAGGAAAGAAAAUGUCAGAUCUUUACGAGCUGGUUCAAUAUGCUGGGAACAUAGUCCCUAGGCUAUAUCUAUUAGUAACAGUAGGUACGGUUUACGUCAAAGCUAAGGAAGGUUCCAGGAAGGACAUACUCCGUGAUUUGGUUGAGAUGUGUCGCGGGGUACAGCACCCAUUGAGAGGAUUGUUCCUGAGGAAUUACCUGCUACAAUGUACUCGUAACCUCCUCCCAGAUUCUUCUAAUGAUGAGCUUGAUGGUACAGUCCAUGACUCCAUUCAGUUCAUACAGCACAACUUCUCUGAGAUGAACAAGCUUUGGGUCCGAAUGCAGCAUCAGGGCCACACGAAGGAGAAGGACCGGAGAGAGAAGGAGAGGCUGGAGCUCCGUAUCCUUGUCGGGACCAAUCUCGUCCGUCUCUCCCAGCUAGAGGCAGUCGACAAGUCCUUGUAUUUGAAAUCGGUCCUUCCUAACAUAUUGGAGCAGGUGGUGAAGUGUCGGGACGCCAUAGCCCAAGAGUAUCUAAUGGAGUGUAUUAUUCAAGUGUUUCCUGACGAGUUCCACCUGGAGUCACUCAAUCCUUACUUAAAGACUUGUGCUGAUCUCCAAGAGUUUGUUAAUGUUAAAGGUAUCAUUAUUACACUGAUUGAUCGUUUGGCUGCUUUUGCUCAUCGCUCUGACAUUUCUGCCAUACCCGAAGACAUCAAACUGUUUGACAUCUUCCAACAAGAAAUUGCCAUCGUUAUACAAAGUCGACCAAAUAUGGAAACAGAGGACAUAGUUGCCCUUUAUGUGUCCCUGGUUAAUCUUGCCAUCAAGUGUUAUGCUGACCAGUUGAAUUACGUCGAUGAUGCUUUAAAAUCGACCCAAGAAAUCUUGACAAAGAAAGACAUGAGCAAAGUUGGUAGCAACACUUCGACUGGUCGUGAGUUGCAGCAGCUGCUUAAGGUUCCCAUUGACGGCUAUGAUGCCGUCCUGACUGUCCUUAAGCUAGAGAACUACUCCUCCAUUUUGAAACACUUUGAUUAUGAUGGUCGCAAGUCGCUAGCCGUCUACCUUUUACAAGCGAUCCUAGACAAGAACGAAGCCAUCACGUCUUGGACCCAAGUUGAGACACUUUUUGAUCUGAUAUCUCCACUUCUAUACGAUGAAGCAGACCAACCUACUGAUGAGCCUGAUCCGGAAGACUUUUCAGAGGAGCAAGGUAUGGUAGCUCGACUUAUUCACCUUUUCAAAGCUCAAGCACCCGACCAGCAAUAUCAGAUUAUCAAUAAUUCGAAGAAGGUGUUUGUUAAAGGCGGAGACUCUAGAGUGGUCCAUACUCUCAUACCAGUAGUGUUCUCUAGCUACCGUCUAGUCGUCGCUUACAGAUCAAUACAGGAAACUGACAGUAAAUGGUUUCAAAAGUGUGAGAGGAUAUUUCAACUGAGUCUACAGACAAUAUCUGAGCUCUGCAAGCUAGCGCCUGAGCCGUCGCUGAGACUUUACUUACAAGGAGCUCUGACUGCUGAUGGAGUUGGCAAUGAAACCAUUGCUUAUGAGUUCUUGACACAGGCAAUCACACUAUAUGAGGAAGAUAUAUCAGAUUCUCGUGAGCAAGUUGUCUGUUUAACUUUAAUAGUUGGCACAUUUGAAAGCAUGGCAUCACUAGAAGAAGAGAAUCAUGAGGCAGUCAGAACUAAAUGUGCUGUGGCCUCAUCGCGUUUACUUAAAAAGCCGGACCAGUGUCGAUGUGUAGCAGCAUGUGCUCAUCUCUUCUGGUCAGCUAAAGUCUCUGAUGGGAACGAACCAACUGAAUGUCAUGACAGUAAACGUGUAAUGGAGUGUCUAAAGAAGAGUGGCCGUAUAGCCAACCAGUGCAUGGACAGCGUGGUCCAAACUCAAUUACUAGUCGAACUACUCAACGUCUACAUUUUAUUCCUAGAGAAAGGAAACAAUGAAAUAUCGCAGCAAUUCUUAAACCAAUUGAUUGAAAAGAUCAAGGGAAACAUUGAGGGCUUAGAUAAAAACGAAGAGACGGAGCAAGUCAUCCAACAUUUUGAGAAUACUCUUACUCACCACAGACAAAGCAAACAGCAGUCUGAAGCUGAUUGACCAUAACUAGAUAAUAUAAUUAUACUAUUACUAUUGAACAGCUAGUCUUUGUCUCUUUCUCUUUGUUUGUGCGUGUGUAUUUUACAAUUAUUAUUAUUAUUAAUUAUUUUGUUGCUGAUUUUGUGUGUUUUCUAUACCUGAUAUUAAAAUAAAUAAUAA